AGGGGUGCGUUUGCAUUUGUGGAUAGCUCUUUUGUUCCAUUGUCUUCUUCCAGGGUGAGCUCACAGGAGAGAGAGAGAGAGAGAGAGAGAGAGCUUGAGCGGUGAUGGAUGGGAAUCAUCGACUCUUGGAACACGAGAGACUCCAGAUGGAGCGUAUCAGAGAGCUCGACAUGGAGGAGCUUGAGAUCGAGGAGGUUGAUGUCGAUUUUGAUUCCUCUUCUGACGACGACGACGAUGGCAUCCCUAGUGAGCGUGGUGAUGGCGGUGCUGGUCAAUAUGGGGGCUUUACCUUUGACACAUGCUUGGCUUCCUUGCACACAUAUCUUGGUGAAGUUGAUGCCACUCAAGGGAGGAUGAUAUUUUUGGAUGGUGGUGCAAUCUUCACGUUGCCAAUGUUCUAUCUCGAAGGAGUUGUGCUCUUUCCUGAGGCAACCCUUCCCUUGAGGGUAGUUCAACGUAGAUUUAAAGCUGCUGUUGAAAGAGCUUUGAACCAGACUGAUGCUCCAUACACAAUAGGUGUGGUUCGUGUUUAUAGGUCAAGUGAUGGUCUAAGACUUUGUUGUCCUACAAUUGGGACCACUGCAGAGAUACGGCAGUACAGGCGGCUGGAUGAUGGUUCUUUAAAUGUGGUUGCUCGUGGUCAGCAGCGGUUUCGCAUACGUCGGCGAUGGAUUGAUGUGGAAGGAACACCAUGUGCUGAAGUGCAAAUCAUUCAGGAAGAUGUUCCUUUGAGAAUUCCAAAAGAUGCAUUUGGACAGUUGGCAGCAGUAUACAAUUGGUCAAAAUGUACACCAUCACAUGCAGAGUCGUCAAGUGUUUCACUGUCCAAACGCCAAGGAUUUGAGGACGCUGAAAGUGAUUGGGAGUGCAUGUCUGCGACAAGCACUUUUAGUGAUAGUUCAACGAUGGACACACGGACACCAACUGAUUCACCUUGCAGAUACGAGAGGUUUGAUGCGCUCUCUUCUAGUGAUGAGGACUCAAUGCCUGGGCAUGCUUCGAGGUUGAGGGAAUCUUAUUUAAAUAAAUUGGGAGGAUCUGGGCAGUCACAUGACAGACUGUCUGAGAACGAUAGCAUGAAGUCAGAUCUUGCUGGAGCAUUGCCAUCUGGAAGAGUACCCAUAAAGAGUGCAGGUUCUUUUGUGCCCACCAGAUUGAAAUGGUCACACAAGGCUCCAAUGGCUUUCUGGCCUCAUUGGGUUUACCAAAUGUAUGAUUCUUAUGCGCUUGCUCAAAAGGCUGCAGAUCUUUGGAAGCAGAUAAUCAGAAUGCCUAGUAUGGACAAUUUAGUAACAAAGCCAGAUCUCUUGUCAUUCCAUAUGGCCAGCAAACUUCCAAUGUCAGAAGCUACCAGACAAGAACUGCUAGAGAUUGAUGGGGUGUCCUAUAGAUUACGGAGGGAAAUUCAGCUACUAAAGAGCUUUGACCUCAUAAGAUGUAAGACAUGCCAGUCUGUAAUUGCAAGGCGAAGUGAUAUGCUUGUGAUGUCUAGUGAUGGACCCCUCAAUGCUUAUGUGAACCCUCAUGGUUUUGUGCAUGAGGUCAUUACUGUCUACAAUGCCAAUGGACUUGCGCUUCAGGGACGUCCUGAUAAAGCACACAGCUGGUUCCCUGGUUAUGCAUGGACGAUCACCUAUUGUGCUUCCUGCGAGUCAAAUAUCGGCUGGUUAUUUACAGCUAGGAAAAAGAAUCUGCUGCCAAGGUCAUUUUGGGGAAUCCGGAGUUCUCAAGUCAAAGACAGCGAGUGCUGAGAGAGAACGAAAUCGUAUUAGAAAAAAGAAUAAGAAUAUAUAGUAGGAUUUUGUAUGUCAAACACAUAAAUGAUCAGAAUAUAGGAGACUGCUCUUCUCCAUCUGUUGGAAAAUGAUAUUAUAUGUGCAUAUAAACCUGCUAUCACUUCUGAGGUUGUGUCAAUGUUCAGCGGAUAGCUUGUGAGUGUAAGCCGUUGUAGGUAGCGUAUUUGGGACAUCAGGCUGUUGCCGAAACUUAAUGCUAGCCCUUUAUGUAAAUUUAGGAGCAAAGUGCCUAAAUGGCAAUGUGUUUUGUAUCUUUCUGAUUUUUUUUUUGGUUGUAUCUUACUGAUUGGUUUU